UCGGCAACAUGGCGGAGCUGCCGCUGCCCGCCGGGCUCUGCGCCAGCACCUUCCCCGCCAAGCUGUGGCGCCUGGUGAACAGCCCCCGCGUCCGCUCCGUGCGCUGGGACAGCCGGGCCCAGGGGCUGCUCAUCGACCGCUCCCUCUUCGAGCGGGAGCUGCUCAGCCCGGGCGACGCCCAGGGGCCGGCCCCGCGCCCCUUCAGGGCCACGCGGUUCCGCAGCUUCGUGCGCCAGCUCCACCGGUACGGCUUCCGCAGGGUGCCGGGCCGGGCUGGCUCAGCUGCGCCGGGCGAUGCCGGGGCCUGGCUCCACUACAGCAACCCCUGCUUUCGCCGCGACCGCCCCGACCUCCUGCUCCGCGUCAGGCGCCGGAGCACGCCCAACAGGCAGCGGCCGGCGGCGGGGCGGGAGUGCUGCAGGCGCCCGCCCUGCGGCUCCCAGCAGCUCCCCGGGGCACGGCUGCUGCCGGACGGGCAGGGCGGGCACGCUCGCUUCCAGCCGCUGCCCACGGAGCGGCCGCCGCUGCCGCCUGGGCGCCCGCCCAGCGCUUCCUCCUGCUGCACAGGGAGCGGACGCUGCCGGACGGGUGGGAGCUGCGCAGCCCCUGGCCCGGCCGCUUCCAGCAGCCGCCCGGAGAGCGGCCGCUGCUCGCCCGGCGCCCGCCCUGCGGCUUCCACCUGCUGCACCGGGACCGGCCCAUGCCGGCCCGGCGGGAGGGGCCGAGCCGCUUCCAGGAGUUCUAUGGGCAGCGGCCGCCGCCCGCCGAGCAGGAGUUGCUUCAGAUCCCGCCCUCCGACUUGCUCGGUUUCUGCGGGGAGCCGCUGCUGCCGCUCGCAGGGGCGCAGCCCCGCAGCCGCUUCCAGGACCUCUACGGAGAGCAGCUGCCUCCAGUCGACCGGGAGCUGCUCAGGAUGCAGCCCGGCAGCUUCCAGCCUCUCCACAGGGAGCAGCAGCCCCCAGCCUCUGUCUCGCAAGCUGCCUCAGGCACUUCAGCCCCCAGUGCUCCACCUGGCAGUGCUGCAGCAUUGACAGCCUCCAGCUCAGCGCAGAAGGCCCCUGGGGAAGAGCAAUUGCCACCAGUGGAUCUGGGCUUUGCCAUAGAGCAAAUGAUUUGGGAGAUCAGGAGG